UUUAUUGGCCCGAAAGAGUCCACUGAAGGGUUGGUUCGUUUUCGUCGGCAUCACUGAACCGUGGUUGUCUUGUUCUGCCGGUUAUCUCCCACGAUCAACAACACUAGCUUCUCCCUGAAGAAAAACCCAGAAAUUUUCCAAAUUAAAUAGCCUAUCAUCUCUGUCUCACUGGUUUCGUGUGUGAAGAGCAGUCUGGGAAUCCAUGAAUACGACGCCGUUCAUGGAUAAGCAGAUAAUGGAUCUAACCCAAGGAUCGUCUUCGAGCAAGGAUUUCAUCGACCUGAUAAGCCAUCCUAAGGAAGAAGAAGGGGCAGACGUGGUAGGUGAAGUUCGCCGUGGCAGCCACCACCAAAUCGGUGGCAAUGGGAUUAAGGAGGAUAUCAUUCCCAGUUACGAUUUCCAGCCGAUUCGCCCACUCGGAGCUUCGAUUCAGUCUCCCAAUCACGAUUCCAACCCUAAUAUGGGAGGGAUUUCGAGGUCUUGGAAUUCUGAUUCCAAGUCUAACUUUUCCACCCCAACCCUUAGAAAUUAUAAUUCUCUGGACUCUCUAGAACCUGCAAAAGUCACAGCAGAAAAGGAUCAAAAUGCUUUUGAUGAUGCAAUAUUGUCUGAGAUAGAUCAAACCAUGAAGAAGCAUAUGGAGAAUCUGCUUCAUGUUCUGGAAGGCAUCAGUGCGAGGCUAACACAACUAGAAAGCAGAACCAAUCAUCUUGAAAAUUCUGUGGAUGAGUUGAAGGUAUCUGUUGGAAACAAUCAUGGUAGCACUGAUGGAAAAAUGAGACAGCUCGAGAAUAUCCUUAGAGAGGUGCAAAUGGGUGUACACGUUUUAAAGGAUAAGCAAGAUGUGGUGGAAGCUCAACUGCAGGUGGCAAAGCUCCAAGUGUCCAAGGUGGACCAACAAUCAGAGACUCACGCUAGUGUGAUUCCAGAUCCUGCACAGCAAACUGCAUCAGCUCCUCAGCAAUCGCAACAACAGCUUCCUUCCCCUGUUAACACUCCACAGUCAGUUGCUGCGGUCCCUCACCCUAAUGCUCCACCUCAACCUCUGUCCCAACAGAGUUUGCCACCUCCAAUUCAACUUCCUAGUCAAUUUCCUCAGAACCAAAUUCCUUCUGUUCCUCAGCGAGAACCGUACUUCCAACGAGCACCUCAAUCUCAUGAAACCCCAAAUCAGCAAUAUCAAUUGCCUCUGUCUCAGCAGCCACAUCCUCCUCCUGGGGCACCUCCGCAGCUGCAAUAUCAACAGAACCCACAGCCCCAAUUCCCUCAGCCUGUACCUCAUCCACCUCAACAACAGCCAUCACCUUCUCCUGUUAAUCCCCCACCUCAACUCCCAUCUUCAAUGGGUCACCAUGUGGAGGAUACAUCAUAUACCCCUCCUCAGACUUACCCACCCAAUGUCCGCCAGCCACCGCCCAUUGGACCACCUCCUGCUCAGCAAUUCUUUGGAUCGCCAUCCCAUGUGUUCGAACCACUAUCUAGUAGACCUGGUUCAGGUUUUUCUUCUGGAUAUAGUGCACCAUCUCUACCUGCUGAGCCAUAUCAUUAUGGUGGAUCGCCUCAGUAUGGUGGCACUUCAGGGAUAAAACCACACCUGCCUCCUUCUGCGGUGGCUCCUCCAAGCGGUGGAAGUGGUUACCCACAGCUUCCAACUGCUCGGGUGCUGCCCCAUGCAUUGCCUACAGCUUCAGGGGCCAGUAGCAGUUCUGGAUCUGGUGGAAGUGGAAAUCGAGUUCCAUUAGACGAUGUGGUUGACAAAGUGGCAAGUAUGGGAUUCCCUAGAGACCUUGUGAGGGCAACAGUUCGGAAGCUAACAGAGAAUGGUCAAGCAGUUGACCUUAACGUAGUGCUGGAUAAGCUUAUGAACGAAAGUGAUAUCCAGCCAAGAGGUUGGUAUGGUCGGUAGCAAGAGGAAAAUUGACCUAUCUUUAUGUAUAGAUGCACCACUUGUUCCUGGGUCAAAAUUUAUGGGGAAGAGGCUUUAUGGUUGGACCGUGUCUCAUUGGAUGCUUUUAGUUCUUUGCUGAUUUGUUUUCCUGGAGACCUGAAGCUGUUAUUUUGCCUUGCAUGCCUGAGGCUCAUCUGUGCCUUUUGAUCGCACUGUGUAUAUUCACAAUAAACGAUAGUGGAUUUUUUAAACUACUUGGAUUGUUCUA